AUAGCGCUGGAUUCCAAAGUGCUUUGUAGGUUAGAAACUUCAGAGACAGCGAGCCGCUUCGGAGUUGGGAGCAGCAGCAAAGGGAGGUUCAGCCGGGGGAGAUCAAGCUCAGAAAAUGGCGCGAGGACUGAAGAAGCAUUUGAAGAGGCUCAAUGCCCCCAAGCAUUGGAUGCUUGACAAAUUGGGUGGUGCAUUUGCCCCCAAGCCCUCAUCUGGACCUCACAAGUCGAGGGAGUGUCUUCCAUUGAUCAUUAUCUUGCGAAACCGGUUGAAGUAUGCUCUGACAUACCGUGAGGUCAUUGCCAUCUUGAUGCAACGUCAUGUUAUGGUUGAUGGGAAAGUUAGGACUGAUAAGACUUAUCCUUCUGGUUUCAUGGAUGUUGUCUCAAUCCCCAAGACAAAUGAGAAUUUCCGUCUCCUUUAUGACACCAAAGGACGGUUCCGUCUGCAUUCAAUCAGGGAUGAAGAGGCAAAGUUCAAACUCUGCAAGGUCCGUUCUGUGCAGUUUGGCCAAAAGAAUAUCCCUUACAUUAAUACCUAUGAUGGGAGAACAAUUCGUUACCCUGAUCCUCUCAUCAAGGCAAAUGACACCAUCAAGCUUGAUUUGGAGACCAACAAGAUUGUUGACUUCAUCAAGUUCGAUGUUGGUAAUGUUGUCAUGGUGACAGGUGGUAGGAACAGAGGGCGAGUUGGAGUAAUCAAGAGCAGGGAGAAGCAUAAGGGAAGCUUUGAGACUAUUCACGUCCAGGACGCCACUGGACAUGAAUUUGCAACCCGUUUGGGGAAUGUGUUCACAAUUGGUAAGGGUACCAAGCCAUGGGUAAGCCUUCCCAAGGGUAAGGGUAUUAAGCUUACUAUCAUUGAGGAGGCCAAGAAGAGGCAAGCUGCCCAAGCCACAGCUGCAGCCUAGAUGUUUUCGGUGAAAACAAUUUAAGUCUUAUCUGAAGAAUUUCACUAGAACUUUUGUAAUUUUUACUAAAUUAGCUUUGGAAUUUAUGCUGCAAAUUUUGUCUUCGUGUUCUUCAUUUGUUUUGAUACAGAUCAGACUUAAAUUUUAUGCUAUGUUGAAGUAAA